AUGUAUUGCUUGCUCCCAGUUCGCCAGGAACUGUGCAAGAGACGUUUCUUCUAUCGCCAAGCCUCAGAUAUCUAUGGUGGGGUCGCGGGUUUCUACACCUAUGGUCCACCUGGCAGUGCCGUGAAGAAUAACAUCAUAAGCCUCUGGAGACAAACCUUUGUGAUUUCAGAGCAUCUCUUGGAGAUUGAGGACAGCUGUAUUAUGCAGCAUUCCGUCCUCAAGGCUUCUGGUCAUGUGGAUCGCUUCAACGACUUCAUGGUGAAGGACGUGAAGGACGAGUCCAAGUUCUUCCGAGCGGACAAACUCUUGGAGGAGGUCAUGGAGGCGAAGCUUCAAACGCCAGGCAUUGCAGACGCUCAGAGACACGAAUACACCACUGUGCGAAACCAGGCCGAUGCCUAUUCCCAGAAAGAGAUGUGGGAGAUUUUUCAAAAAUACGAGAUCAAGUCGCCUGAGACUGGCAAUGACUUGAGCGAGCCAUACGAGUUCAACUUGAUGUUUCCAACACCGAUUGGUCCAGGAGGCUAUUUGCAGGGCUACUUGCGGCCAGAGACAGCUCAAGGCAUUUUCUUGAAUUACAAGUUUUGCUUGGAGCAGAACUCCAACCGAUUGCCUUUCGGAGUAGCCCAAGUGGGUCGCUCAUUUCGCAAUGAAAUUGCACCUCGAGCGGGCCUAACUCGUCAGAGAGAGUUCACCCAGGCAGAGAUUGAGUAUUUUGUCAAUCCAAAGCAGAAGGAUCAUCCCAAAUUUGCGUCAGUGGAGAGCACGGUGCUUAUUCUAUUCCAUGCAGAUGCACAGCUGAACGCGAAAGACCCUGUCAAAAUGACAGUUGGCGAAGCAGUGCGUUCUGGUCUCAUCAAUAAUGAGACUCUGGGCUACUUUAUCGUUAAGACGUGGCAGUUUCUGGUCAGCAUUGGCUUGAAGAAGGAGUACAUUCGGUUCCGCCAGCAUUUGCCCACAGAGAUGGCACACUAUGCCUGUGACUGCUGGGAUGCUGAAAUUUUUGGAUCCUACGGAUGGUUGGAGUGUGUUGGGAUUGCAGAUCGCUCUGCCUUUGAUCUGACUGCACACGCAAAUGCAGCGAAAUGCGACUUGCAGUACAAGGAGUCCUUGGAGAAGCCUUUCGAACGAGAAGUCUUGAUCCUCACUAAAAAGUCAGGUGUGGAUAUCAUGAAAGCCUUCAAGAAGGAUGGAAAGAUGGUGAAGGAAUUCAUCGAGGCACAACCCCAAGAGGAGCUGGAGUGCGUAGCCAAGAAGCUUGAGACAGGCGAUGCCGAAGUCCAGGUCGAUGGCCGAAGCUUCACUUUGACCAAAGGACUUGCUGUCUUCGAAAGGAAAAAAGAGAAGGUCACCGUGAAUGCGUUCACUCCUGGGGUCAUUGAGCCAUCCUUUGGAAUCGAUCGUAUUUUUUCAAUGCUACUUGAGCAUGUCUACAGCGCUCGGCCGAAGGAUGACAAGGAAGACGACAAGCAGACCAGGGGCGUGCUGUCUUUCGCAGCAUCAUCCGCUCCCUACAAGUGCGUAAUCCUUCCAUUGGAUCAGCGAAUUGCCCGGGACAAGCGAUACCUUCAAAUGCUGGAUUCAUUCACGAGAGAGCUUUGCGAGCAGGGUUUGUCCUUCACUAGUGAUGAGAGCAAUGCUACUAUCGGCAGGAGAUAUGCCCGGAAUGAUGAGCUUGGCGUGCCGUUUGCAGUGACCUUUGAUUUUGAGACCAUGGAGGAUAGCAGUGUAACCCUACGUGAACGCGAUACGAUGUGGCAGAUUCGACUGCCCUUGUCGCUAUUGGGGGAGCUCUUGCGGUGCCUUUGCAAGGGCAGUGAGUCCUGGCAGUCCGCCUUCCAACGCUUCCCACACAAAAAGAACAGCAAUGAGGAGUUCCGGAAAGAUUAGGCCGAGGUCCAUCGAGGUCCCUUAGGUUUGGCACAAAUGCUGGGGUCGUUAAGACCUGCUGCUGGAGUGGC